AUGGUGAUGCCGCCGUCGUCCUUCCCGGCCACGUCAGGCUCCGACGCCGGCGCCUGCGACGACGGCUUGCCGCACGCAGCCAAGAAGAUGUGGACCAAGAGAGAGGACGACCUGCUGCGGGAGCAGGUCCGUCGGUGCGGCGGCCCGCACAACUGGGACUCCAUCUGCCGAGCUCUGCCCGGCCGCAACUCCAAGUCGUGCCGCCUCCGCUGGUGCCAGCACCUCGACCCCAGGGGGGUGGAGGCCGUCAAGCCCUUCACCGUCGAGGAGGACAUGCUCAUUGUCAAGUACCAGGCCGCCUACGGCAACCGCUGGUCCACCAUCGCCGAGUUCCUCUCCGGCCGCACCGACAACGCCAUCAAGAACCGCUGGAACUCCGUCCUCCACAAGCGCGCGCCCACCCUGCAGGGACCCCCGCGCCCGUUGGCUCCUUCUGCCGACCGAAAGGCCGCCAGCCCCGAGGUCACGCCGGGGUGCCUGCCGUUGUUUCCUCUGGCGAGCGGGGAUGUCAGGAUGUCCUCUCGUUCGACGGAGGUCGUGCCGGAGGCUGAGACAUGUGCGGCGGCGAGUGAGUGCCUCGAGCUGUUCCCUCUGGUGCCCGGGGAUAUCAGGGGCGAUGCCGGCACUGCGGCGCCGAGUGACAUGUCCUGCGGAGCAGGCGACCCGCUGACCGAGCUGAGGAUCUGGCCGGCGGCGAGGGUGGUGUUCGACGUAAUGCCGCUGCAGGCCUACCGGAUGUAG